UACAAGGAUGGAUUUCAGAGGCGUAAUCUUUGGCAUAAUAUUUCUGUCGUGGUUUUCACUUCCACUCUCAUUGGCGGCAGAUAAUGUUGAAGUUGUGAUUGAAGGAGCAACUUCAAUAGCUAAAACGGAUGAUAAUUUUGUUUGUGUUACAAUUGAUUGGUGGCCUCCUGAGAAGUGUGACUAUAACCAGUGUCCUUGGGGAAAGUCUGGACUUUUCCAUUUGGAUUUGAAAAACAAGAUUAUGGAAAAUGCUAUAAAGGCAUUCAAUCCAUUGAGAAUCAGAAUUGGAGGUUCAUUGCAAGACCAAUUGGUGUACAACGUUGGAAAUAAGAUUAAGAGAUGCCAUCAUUUCAAGAAAAAAGAGAAGGGUUUUCUGUUUGGAUUCUCAAAAGGGUGCCUUGACAUGAAGAGAUGGGAUCAACUUAAUGAAUUUUUCAACCGAACUGGAGCAAAGAUUACAUUCAGCUUGAAUGCUCUUAUAGGAAGAAAAAAGUCUAAAACUGAGAAGGAUCUUUGGGUUGGUGAUUGGAAUCCACAAAAUACUCGGGAUCUCAUGAAGUACUCUAUUUCCAAAGGAUACAAAAUCGAUUCAUAUGAACUUGGAAAUGAACUUUGUGGAUCUGGGGUAUCUGCAAGGGUGGAGGCUAAACAAUAUGGCAAAGAUGUUGUAGUACUUAAGAAUCUCGUGAAAGAGUUGUACCCGAAUGUCAGUACCCAACCAAAGGUUCUGGGCCCUGGAGGCUUUUACGAAGAGGAAUGGUUUAACACCUUUUUGAAAGCCACAGGACCAGAUGUCCUUGAUGGAGUCACACACCAUAUCUACAAUCUUGGACCUGGUGAUAGUCCAGACCUGAUUAAGAAUGUUCAGGAUCCAUUUUACCUAAGUCGAAUUGCUCAGACAUUUAAAGAUGUUUCAAACGCCGUCGACAAGCUUGCACCAUGGUCAGGAGCUUGGAUUGGGGAAUCAGGUGGAGCUUAUAACAGUGGUGGCAAAGAUGUUUCCCGUACCUUUGCCGAUGGAUUUUGGUUUUUCGACCAGCUGGGGAUGACAUCCAUUUACAACCACAAGGUUUACUGCAGACAAGCUUUGAUUGGUGGAAACUAUGCUCUCCUUAAUACUACAACAUUUAUUCCCAAUCCAGAUUACUAUGGUGCACUUCUGUGGAACCAGGUUAUGGGAAGUAAAGUACUCUCUGCAACUCACAAUGGUUCUCCAUAUUUGCGUGUAUAUUCUCAUUGUGCAAAGAAAAAGCCUGGGAUUUCUCUCAUUUUCAUCAAUUUGUCAAAAAACAACACCUUCGUGAUCAAGCUUUCGCAUGAUCAAAACCUGCAUGUGAGGCCUAAUGUUAGAUUCGAAGGUGGCGAUAAAAGAGAAGAGUACCAUUUGACUCCCAAAAAUGGAAACAUUCAAAGUGAUGUUGUUUUGUUGAAUGGAACUCCAUUGGUACUCUCAGAUUCAUUGAACAUUCCCCAGCUGAAUCCAAAGCUUGUGGAUGCUUCCACUCCAAUCACUAUUGCUCCCCAUUCAAUUGUAUAUGUUACUAUAAAAGACUUCAAUGCGCCUGCCUGCGCUUAG